AUGCCUUUGAGAGCCAACUUAUUAGAUCCUCGCAUGACCGCAAGAGCGCAAAUGUCUACGAAGCCAGAGGCUAUAAAAGAAGUUCCCAAGGAACUGAGUACAGACGAGCCCCGUGAUGUCGUCUUUACCAACACUUAUGGUCUACGGACCAUCGAACUCAACCGACCUGCAAAAUACAAUGCUCUCAAUGGCUCUAUGAUCCGAAAGAUAUUCCCACGAUUGGUCGAAUGGGAAAAAUCAGAUAUGGCGAAUGUCAUUGUCAUGAAGGGUGCUGGUGACAAGGCAUUCUGCGCCGGAGGCGACGUAAAGGCACUUGUAACUCAAAACCAAGAAGGACCCGAAGGCCAACGAAAAUCGGUCGACUACUUUGCGCUGGAAUACCAAUUAGACCACUACAUCGCUACCUAUAAGACACCGUAUAUCGCAUUUAUGGACGGCAUCACAAUGGGUGGAGGUGUAGGGCUUAGCAUUCAUGCUCCGUUCCGAAUCGCCACUGAAAGAACAGUGUUCGCCAUGCCCGAAACUACCAUAGGCUUCUUCCCCGAUGUUGGUGCCUCGUUCUUUUUGCCGAGAAUGCCAGGGUCCGUGGGCACCUACUUAGCGCUCACAAGCGAUACAGUCACAGGCGCAAACGUAUUCUAUUCGGGGAUUGCAACACACUACCUGCAUUCAACGAGUUUACCAAACUUAGAAGCACGGUUGGCUGAGCUGCGUUUCAAGGAUUAUGAUAGCAUGGAACAUCGCCUAUCCAUUAUUGAAAUGACUAUCGAGGAGUAUGCAACUGGCCUACCACAUGGCGAGCCAAUUCUGCUAGGCGGCGAACUUCGGAAAGCCAUUGAUCGAUGCUUUGAUAAAAGUAAUAUUACCGACAUUAUAGAUGCCUUGAAGGACGAGCAGGGCCCGACUCAGGAAUGGGCUGAGAAAACCUUAGCUACGUUGCAUAAACGAUCUCCUACUUCAGUUCACGUGGCACUUGCGCAAAUGCGGGCAGGAAAACAGUGGUCCAUCGCAGAAACUUUCCAAGAAGAGUACCAGAUAGCCGCCAAGUUUAUGGGACAUCCUGACUUCGCCCAGGGCGUAACAGCUCAACUAGCGAAAGAGCCGAAACCCACACCUGAGUGGCAACCAGCCAGCUUGGAAGAUAUCCCGCCAGAUCAAGACAUCGCCCAACCCUUCUUUGAUCCGAUCGGAAGGUUACCCGAGCUUAAUUUGGUGACCGACAGAGACUACCCUGACUAUCCAUAUCAGUCCUUCGGCGUCCCCUCAGAGGCUGACGUCGAAAUAUUUGUGAGGGGAAAUCAAUUACCUCGUCACAAAAUCCGCGAGGAAUUCGUCCGAAGAAAGAGGGGGAGGCAAGGUAUCAACAUUAUUGUGGAUGAGAUUCUUACCAGAAAGACCAUCACAAAUGAAGAAGGGUGGGUGGAAUGGGCAAACGAGUGA